CAGUAGUUGCGCGGCACUUGCAGCGGCGGAUCGCCGGAGACGGAGCGCCUUCAUUCACUGUGGCGAUUAAAGUUGAGCGCGACACGCUGAUGACCUGCGAGCAUCCUCCGGGGAAACUGUGCAUUUCACUGGCUUAACGAGCGUCAGUUUCCAUCUCUUCACCGCUGAUCAUUUGUUGCUGUCGUGGCUCCGUUAUCCAGCUGUCCAGCAGUCCGAAGGCUGUGUUUCAACCCAGCGGCAAUCACUCCGAGGAUCACAGAUGGACUGGCUCACACCUGAGAUGUGAAGUGUGUUAUGUGAGCCAAGGUGUUUUCCCACCUCGCUGGUGGUGGGGAGAGAUGCUGCACUCCGUUGCCAUGACAGCAGAAGUUCUCUUUGUUCUUGGGUUCCUGAUGAGCAGAGCUCAGUGUAAUCCUAUAGCGACCCUACCAGCGAGCCGAGAACGUCUGGAAAGGGUGUUGACCCAAGCCAGGGAGGAUAAACAUCAGGACAAGCAGACCCCCAAGGAGCCGCAGGGAUACGGUGCUCUGCAGCGUCCGGAGGAAAUCAAUGCCUUGGGCCCCAACAGGACUGCCAUGAGCCGCGCCCGGCCAAACCUCAGCUCCCAGACACGAGGAUCUAAGGGCGGGAAGCCCCAGGAGCUGUGGAGCGAACAGGACAGCCUGAACCAAAUAGACGAGGGCCCCACCAGUGACGUCACCCUCUCCCUGGAUGCCAUCGAUGAAUACGCCUACCCGGACUACAGGGGGAAAGGCUGCAUGGAUGAAAGCGGCUUUGUAUUCGCCAUCGGUGAAGAGUUCACCCCGGGCCCUUCGACAUGCCCUUGCCUCUGCACAGACGAGGGCCCUCUGUGCACCAAGCCAGAAUGUCCCAAGGUUCACCCUCGCUGCAUUAAAGUGGAUACUAGCCAAUGCUGCCCGCAGUGCAAGGAGAAAAAGAACUACUGUGACUUUCGGGGCAACAUCUACGCCUCUCUAGAAGAGUUUAAGGUGUCCCCAUGUGAGAAGUGCCGGUGUGAGCCAAGUGGGGAGGUGUUGUGCUCUGUGGCAGCCUGCCCUCAGACAGAGUGUGUGGACCCAGAGUACGAGCCAGAUCAGUGCUGUCCCAUCUGCAAGACUGGGCCAAAUUGCUACGCAGACACAGCAGUGAUACCGGCCGGACGAGAGGUGAAGAUCGAUGAGUGUACAAUCUGCUACUGCACAUACGAGGAGGGCACAUGGCAGAUUGAGCGUCAAGCCACCUGCAGUAAGAACGAGUGCCAGCGGAGCUAGAGACUGGCACGGUGAGAGGGGACAUUGGCACUCAACACCAGCGCCAAGCCGCAUGUAAACUCACGGCCUUUCACCCAGUCUACCAGAAAUCAGGGUCGGACAGCAGCCCUCGAGCAUUUCAGCAUUUAUAGUCACUCCUGUAUAACUGAAAAAAAAAUUGCUUUUAUGAAAGUUUAUAAUCCACACACAGAAUAUCUAUUUAUCUAUGUAUUAAAUUAUUUAUGAAUAUAUACAAAUAUAGGAGUCAUUAAUGCUGAACUAGUGAAAGUGGGAACAUAUUUUUUAUAGCCUCUGUAUUUUAAUAAGCAAUGUAUUGGACCAGAGGUCAAUAAAAUAACAGAAUGUAUAUAACACACACAGCUGUCUUUGGAGGUGAAACCUCAAUGUCUUGACAUGUGGUGUCAUCCGAACAAUCCUGACACCUGUCCCUCUACCACCAAAGUGCAGACUAGACUAUGGGCAAUCCAUUUCAGAAUAAUGGGUAAAAAUUUGCUGUGUGGAUUGCAGAGUUAAAAACAACAAUGAGAAAACAAAAGGGAAUUCAAGAGGAUUUGACUGUUUCCUUAUUUCUUUCAUCUUUUUUGGAUGUUCAAAUGUGUAUUGAUUUGAAAGUGCAUUUUUGUAUUUCUCUUGGUACUGUGUGUUCAUGUUUCAAAUAAAUGCCAAUCUCUGCUCU